AUGGGGUUAAAAGCAGGAGUUAUUGAAGAGAUUGUGAGUGAUGCUAUCGCACUAGAUGCAGAGGAUAUAGAAGAAGAGAUUGAAGAGGAAGUUGACAAGGUCUUGACUGCAAUAGCUGGUGAGACAGCUGCAGAGCUUCCUGAAGCUGUCAGAAGGGAAAGGGUAAAACAAUCUGCCCAGACGGUGGAAGCUGCACAGGAGGAGGAAGAUGAUGAGGAAGAACUGGAAGAAAUUAGGGCUCGACUCGCCAAAGUCAGAUCAUAACUUAAGCCUGCACUCCCCCACCUCUUCCCUUGGCAUUAAUGGGAAAGAAGGUGUGCAUCCUGCGUUCAUUUGCUCUCCUGAGAUGUCUCAACCAUUUUCAAGCUACUGAUGAAACACAACAUGGUUUUCAUCUGAGAUAAAAGAUGUGUGAUUUUUCAAUAUGUGAUGUUAAUAUUGAAAUCAACAUUUUUUUCUAUAAAUUCUAAUUUUAUUUCUGUAAUAUUUUGUUGCAAGUCAUAGUUUGUGGUCCAACAACAUCCGUGGUCACUGAAUUUUUAAGAUAAAUAUUCAAUACAACGGGUCAAAUGCACCUGUUGAUCGCUGAAUUUUUUACUAAAACAACCGAUAUUACUAAACUAUUUUUGUGUGCCGUUCAACAUUUUCGCCGGUCAAUAGGAUGAUCUCGGAGAAGAUGACUAGAGGAGGCUUCAUUCUUUGCUGGAGAUUCUGACAUCGCCAUUGGAGUGGGUGACUUUUUCAUCUUCAGUUGCUUUCCGGAUCCACCAUCUUCGGCAUCAUAUCGAAGUGGUGGCUGAGCAAGCUAAAGGGGGUGAGCAUGAAGCUACUGCUUCUCUUGUCUAUUUAUUUCCGGCAGAAAAGCUUUGCUGCCAAAUCAGAGCUUCCGUUGAAAUCGAUUGCUAAUCUUUCCUACUUCUGAUAUGUAAAUCGAAAUUUCACUUUCCCAUCAUAAACCCAGAUCCAUUUAGCCCUCAAUAUAUGAAUUUAUGUACAAACUAAAGGUAGGUAUCGUGGAUGAACCUAGAAAUAAGCAUUUGAAAUACCAAAGAAUUCAAUUCCGGAGCACCCAGAGUUAUAUCCCGUUCACAUUGAUACUGUGGAUUUUAAAAAAAUCUGCUUUUU